GAAAUUCAAUUUGAUUUUUUUUUUUUUGUGAUGGUUGUUGUUUUAAUAAAAAAAUUAUUAUGACUUGAGGAUUCUGUACUGAGGAGAGUCAAAUCAUUAGAGACCGAGGAUGGUUAGACCUUCCGUUCACACCCGUUGUGACUUGAGUUCUAGUAAUGAAUUUUGCAAUUGGUAGGUGUUAUACAUAAUAGACUCGUAUAUAUAAGCAAAGAUUCUAUUUUUAUAUUUAUUGAAUAACCGAUGUAUUUAGUUUACAUUAUAAACCAGAUUUUCAGUGUAAAACUACUUUACACAGUACUUGCCCCUGAUAGCUCUUGAUAUGCAACGGGUAGUCACAAUAGUAUCUCAAUGUAUCAAAAUUUUAAAAUAGUCCCUAGUUGUGUACUAUGUUAGUUGAAAUAGUCAUUGACAUUAAAAUGUACGUUAAUAUUGUCAUAUUAGUCCCUCAUUAUACUUGUUUGUUAUCAUAUCAGUCAUUAUAAGUACUUACUUAUUGUCAUAUCAGUUUCUAUAUGAAAAGAGUUAAUGUCAAUAUUGAGGGACCAUCUUAACAUCAGAGACUAUUUUGACUAACGAAGUGCACAAUCAUUGACUAUUUUGGAAUUUCGAUACAUCAAGUUACUGUUGUGACUACUCGUUACACAUUCAGGGACCAAAAUGACUAUUACCCCCUAAAUAAAUAUUGAUUGUUAAGUUUUGUUUGGUAAAAUUGGCUUUGAGGUUGUCUUUUUAUGCGACUUGUUAUUGCUGAUUGUUACCCCAUCUUGUUUGAAGUUAGUGCUUAAUAGAGGAGGUAUAUGCAUACUUUCUUGUUGUUGCUUAUAUCUUGUUGUUUUUAGGAGAAUGCUAGGGAGGGUGAGGGUCGUUGGGGUAAUGGGUUAGGACUCAAUAAUAGAAAAUUCUACUGAUAAUUACAGCUUAGUAGCCAAGAAUACAUCAAAUGCUUUGAUUUCCAAUAAAAAUUUAUAUUUCUUCAUUUGUUAGCAUGGCCUGUAUUGCAAGUUACAACAUUUGGUCGAUUGGUAAGUUAAGAAACUUCGAUUUUCAUCUUAAUAUCUCUUUUGAAAUCUUUAACAAGUGUCUACACUUGUUUUUUUUUUUUUUUUCUUUUUUUCCGUUCAAAAAGCAAGUGUCUAAAGUCACUUGUUAGCAUUUGUCUUAAAGUAACUUGAAUCAUUUAAUAUAGUGUAUUACUUACAUACUCUUUAAUCGGUGUCUUCUUGGGACUCAUAAGUGAAAUCCUUUUUAAAUUUAUGCAAAAUUGAAUAAUGCAUUGUAAAAACUAAAAAGUUUUAAAACAAAACGAAAGAUAAGUUUGUGAGACCUGAAAGUUUCAGCAUGCAAAUGUUAUUAUGUACAGUUUAAGAGUUACCUGAUACUAUUACUUUGGUUUUCAAUGUUUUACGUGUUAGAAUAAUGUGCUGAUCAUAUGCAGCUUUGUGUAAUAUAGGAGGCAUUAAUAAUAUAAUGUACCAUCUAGGUGUAGGGUUAUUUUCAUAAAUAUCGAGUAUUCAUCUUAUUUUGUGCAGAGUCACAGUUCUCUGCAUACUUUUGAACCUGCAAAAGUGGCUGCAGAAAACGACCGAAGUGUUGUUGAUGCUACAAUUUCAUUAGAGAUUGAUCAAACAAUGAAGAAACGUAUGGACAGUUUGCAUCUUGUUCCGGAAGGUGUUUUAGCGUGUUUAACAUAGCUAGAAACCAGAACUCAUCAUCUUGAGCGUUCUAUGGAUGAUUUGAAGGUAUCUGUUGGAAGGCUGUUGGAGAAUAUUCUUUCCGAGGUGCAAAAUGUCAAGGACAAGCAAGAUAUACUACAAGCUCAGCUGGAAACUCAAACUAGUGUCAUAUCAAAUCUUGUGCAGCAAGCUUUAUCUCUGUCUGCAUCUGCUCUCCUGCAAUCUCAACAAUAUCUUCCGCAAUCAAUUCAUGUGGUUUCUACCGCUAUUGCACCUCCUCAACACGGUUUACCAUCUCCAAUUCAACUUCCAAAUCAAUUCCCUCAGAUCCCAAACCCAACUGUUCUUCAGAGAGAUCCAUACUUGCCACCACCUGUUCAAUCUCAGGAAAUCCCAAAUCAGCAAUACCAACUUCCUUUAAUUCAGCAGCCACGUCCUCAACCAGGGGCGCUGCCGCAUCAACAAUACCAGCAGACCCCUCAUUCUCAGUACUCUCAGCCAGCACCUCAUCUACCUCAACAACAGCUACCACAUUCAUCCGGAAAUCCACCUCAACUGCAAUCCUCCAUGGGACACCGUCUAGAGGAACCACCUUAUGCACCCUUUCAGAAUUAUCCUCCCAAUCUCCGCCAUCCACCAACACUGCCCCAAGGAUACGAACCACUAUCAAGCAUUUCUGGUGCGAGUUAUUCUUCUGGAUAUGAUACAUUACCUGGGCCUGCUGAACCAAAUCGAUAUGGCAGGCCGCCUCAGUAUGGGACACCACCUCAAGGAUACGAACCACCAUCAAGUAGAUUUGGUGCUAGUUAUUCUUCUAGAUAUGAUACAUUAUCUGAGAUUGCUGAGCCAAAUCGAUAUGGCGGGCCACCUCAGUAUGGUGGUAAACAACCACAGCUACAUACUGCUUCGGUGGCUUACAUCAGUGGAAGUGGUUACCCACAACUCCCAACUGCCUACAUACUCCCACAAGCAAUACCUACCGAAUCUUCAGUAAGUUUUGGUUCAGGUUCUCCUGGAGCUGGUAACAGGGUUUCUGUUGAUCAUGUAGUCGAAAAAGUUGCCACUAUGGGAUUCCCUAGAGAGCACGUGAGGGCAAUUGUUCGGAAGCUGACAGAGAAUAUUUUGAUUCUUCUCUUUUUAUACCAUUUGUUCUUAUUUCUUUGAUAUUGAAAUUGUUAUGCUUUCUUGUGGUUCAAUUAAUGACUAUCUUGUUUUUGUGAUGUACAUUUUCAAUGAACAAAAAAGUUGAUUUGGUAUGUGAUGUAUAUUUUCAAUGAACAAAAAAGUGGAUUUGGUAAGUAACUCCAAACUUUUCAAA